AUGGCGCUCUCCAUCUCAAACAUCUCGAGCAUGCUGGAAACGGCUCGCGAACUGACCCUCGAAGCCGCCCGCGAUGUGAGCAAUGCGAGGAGGCCGCCUACGCGGCUGCUCCCUUCGAGCCAGCUUAAGAAGUUGCUGGACAGCCGCUCGGAGCGCGAUGUGCUGGAUGGCCUCAGGAGAGUGGUUACGAUGUCGUAUCGACAACCACCCUCCCAAACCCUCCCCUUCUUCAGUCACGUAAUCAAGAACAUCGCGUCGCCAUCCCUCCAAGUCAAGAAGCUCGUCUACAUCUACCUCCUCCACCAUGCCGAACAUGAGCCCGACACCGCCUUGCUAUCAAUCAACACGAUUCAGAAAUCCUUGACAGACCAGAACCCCCAACUACGUGCCCUCGCCCUGCGCGUCAUGUCUGGGAUACGGGUGCCAGUAAUAAGCCAAAUCGUCAGUCUGGGUAUCAAGCGAGGGGUAGGCGAUAUGUCGCCAUAUGUGAGGCGCGCUGCUGCCCUGGCUAUACCCAAGUGUUACAGGCUAGAUCCGGCGACGGAACCGCAGCUCCUCGACUACUUGUCAACACUACUAGGUGACAAGCAGUACUUCGUCACUGGUGCGGCGGUAGCUGCUUUCCUCGAAGUGUGCCCGAAUCGGCUGGAUCUGAUACAUCCACACUACCGCUCUCUGGUCCGCAAGCUGGUUGACAUGGAUGAGUGGGGUCAACUGGCUACCCUGCGGCUCAUGGUGGUGUAUGCGCGGAAAUGUUUCCCACGGCGGACAAAGAAGGUGAAGAAGGCUAAUGCAAACAAUCAUUCAGCACCAACGAAGUCUGCCAAAGGCUUUUACGACUCCGACAGCGAGUCGGAAGAGAAGGAGGACGAGCAAGAAAUGGAUGAAGUGGUCAUCCUGGACCCAGAUCUGGAACUGUUGCUCAAGUCCUGUCAGCCUCUUCUCCAGUCCAGGAAUGCAGCUGUGGUAAUAGCUGUUGCGAGGGGAUACCUCUACCUAGGGACUCCGGAAUAUCUUCAGACGGCCAUCGGCCCCUUGGUUGCUCUCUUGCGGUCGACGCCAGACGUGCAGCAUAUCGCGCUCUACAAUAUCGUGCAGGUCUGCCUUUCUCACCCACAGCCAUUUGUGAAUUACUACACUCAUUUCCUCGUCCAAUCGACGGAUGCUCCGCAUAUCUGGCGCCUAAAACUGGAGCUCCUCACUCUAAUAUUCCCCUACGCACCACCCAAGCUACAGAGCCUAAUCUUGGCCGAACUGAGCCACUUUUCGCAUUCGGGGAGUCUGGAUCCGGGACUGGUGAAGGAGGCCGUUCGAGCCAUAGGCCGCUGUUCGCAGAGCAGUGCUACGAGCCCGAAAACCUCGGCACGGUGCCUGCGACUUCUGCUUGCCCACAUCGGGUCUGCAGAUGCGCGUCUCGUGGCCGAGAGCUUGGAGGUCAUCCGUCAUCUGAUUCAGAGGGAUCCGCAGAGCCAUCGGACGACCGUCGUUCGGUUAGCGAAGCAUCUGGAUGCCGCGACCAGUCCGCAGGCGAGGGCGAGCAUUAUCUGGCUUGUUGGAGAAUUCGCCGGUCUGGAUCCGGAGAAUAACAUCGCCGCCGAUGUGUUACGCAUAUUGGCCAAGGGAUUCGCGGACGAGGCGGAACCCGCAAAGUUGCAAAUUGUGCUCCUGGCGGCCAAAGUCUACGUCCACCACCUCAACUCAAACCCGCCUUCCGAGCCGCCCAAACCGUCGAACCUCCAACCAUCUCCCCCCGUCCUCGAAGGCUUCCAAGAAGAAGGCGGAUUCCGUGAUCCUCACCUCGACAACCACGACGCUCUUGACCGAGAGCAGCAACCACCUGCCAACCUGCCCCACCCCAUUGAAUCCCUCUACCACUACAUCCUCCUCCUUGCCCGCUACGACACGUCGUACGACCUCCGCGACCGCACCCGCGUCUACAAAGCCCUGCUGUCGACCCCCUCGUCCACGCAACUCGCCUCGCUCCUCCUCUUGGCACCGAAACCGGUCCCGCAUGCACCGAGCCCGAGUGAGACCAGAAAGGGGUAUGUCCUAGGUAGUGCGAGUUUGGUGAUUGGAGAUGAGGGUGGAGUUGGGGGGUUGAGGGGGGAAGAAGGGUUGCCGGAGUGGGUGAAGGAGGGAGAGGAGCCGGAUCCGCGGUUGAGGGAAGAGGUGGGUGCUGGUUCUUCGGCGUAUGAGGUUGAAGGGAUGGGUCGAGGGGUUAGUGCGGCGCAGAGGUUGGAUGAGGCGGUUGGGGGGAGGGGUUUCGUUGGGGCGCCGUUGUCCUCGUCGCCGUCGAAUGGGGUUGGGGGAGCCAGGGAGAAGGAGAAGGAGAAGACGUUGGAUGAGUGGUUGGCUGAGGAGGAGGGGGAGGAGGGGGAGACGGAGAGUGAGGAGGAGGAGAGCGAGUAUGAGACUGAGGAGGAGGAAGAGGAGUACGAGACGGAGAGCGAGGAAGACGAGGGGGCUAAGCUUGUGAGGUAG